AUGAAAAAAUUUAAUGGAGGAAAGAAAUAGUCUUUUGUGCCUGCAGUUGUUACUAUAGAAUUUAGAAUUCAAAAAAGAAAUCAAAUUGCUGAUCUAAUUUAAGCCAAUUCUCUGCUUAAAGAAAUCAAUGAAUAGAUCAUUUUGGCCAGAGUUAAGGAAAUUGAAAAUACAAUUUAUAUAGAGCAUGCAGCCAAUGUUCAUUUGUAUAGCAGUAAAAUUGAAAAGGUUGUUUCUCUAUUUAAAGGCAUAAAUUAAAAUAAUUAUAUAAAUAUUGCUUAAAAAUUAAAAAAGCAGGAACUUGCUACUUAAUCCAUCCUCAAAUUAUUGGAAAAGAAGAAAUAACUAAAAGAUUAUGAUUAAGAUAUUUUAAAUAAAACUCUUUAGAAAUCAGAAUAUGAUCCUCUCAAUACCAAAUAAAUCAGUUCAAAAAAAACAGUUUUGGUCGCCAACAAAAUCACAAUUGUGAAAUCUAAAAAUUCAACUUCGGAUCAGAAGGGAAACUUUGCAGCAUAACCAAAUAUGGUUUUUGCAGGAUCAAUUCAGCCUAUAGAACCAAUUCAAGAAAAAAAGGUGAAGAUCGAAAAAAGCGAAAAGGAAGAUGAUGAUGAAAUAGACAUAAGAAAAGAUGAUGGAAUGUAAGGAGCUUCAUCAAUAGGAGUCCAUUGCUCAAAAUAACUAAUUUUAUUCGAUAGCAAAAUUAAAAUACCCGUUGUUCUGUUGGUUCAAUUCCUUCCUCAAUACAGGGUACUAUGUGAAAAGGUUGAUUUUGCCAAACUUCAUAACGCCAAAGAAACAAUUCAAUUUUUAUCUUCCAAUCUAGAAAGAAAGAUCGUAUUUGGGUAGGUCAUACUGAAACCCAGUGAGUACACCAAAAACUUGAGGGAAUUGAGUGAGAAAUUGACUAAGCAGGAUAAAAUAGUAGCUUAAAAGUUUGACAAAGACAAUGCAUCUUUCUUAAUAUUGCAUAAGAAUCAAUUAGAAUAAAUUCUGAAGGCUAGAAAAUAAAGUCUAGCAUUUGAUGCAUCUGACAUGGUGAUACGAGAGUGGACAAAAUAAUAAUCUUAUUUGGAAUGGUGGGCAUUGAAUAAACAAGAUCAUAAUCUUCACUUUUUGAUAUCAUAUAAAAGUUUAACAAAUUCUAAUGAUCAAAUUUAUGACAAAGUCAUACUUUAAAAACCUUCUUGUUAUCAAAAAAUUUAAUAAACAAUUGAUUCAUUGAAGUAGAAGAAAGACAUAGAUGAUUUAUUACAAGGAUUCCUUAAAUAAGAUCUUUUUUAAAGUUCAUAAUUGGGAGAUAUGCUUUAAGAACCAAAUUAAAUAUAAUAAGUUGAUUACUAGAUCUAAGAGGAGGCAGAGAAAGUGCAACAGGAUUUAGAAAAAGAAUAGGAAAGUAAUAAGCAAGACGACAAAUUUGAGACCAAUAAAAUUAGUGAAUAGGAAAAUAAUUAAAUCAAUUUCAAUAUUAAAAUAUCAGAUCUAACUCUGUAAUUAUCGAAAGAAGACUAUUUCUGA